CGCGCGCUUUUUGAGCUCUGGAAAAUGGCGUCGGUUCGGUCUCCGCAACUCUCGUCGGAGUCCGAGGGAGAGCUUUAUGAGGUGGAAAGACUGCUUGGAAAAAGAAGUCACCAUGGAAAAGUGGAGUACCUUAUACGCUGGAAGGGCUUUGGAAAAGAGGUUGAUUCAUGGGAACCAGUGAAAAAUUUGAGGGGCUGCCAACCUUUGAUUAAAAACUUCAAUAAAUCGCGGUCUCCUUCUCCAGGGAGAAAGGCCAGGACACCAAAGAAGUCUCAGGCAAUUCAGAAAGUACAGACCCCAACAACACCAAAAGUAGAAGAGUACACUAAACUGAAAACCCCAACCACUAGAUCCUCAGAUUUUGUGAUUCUUCAUCAGAGAAAAGGGCCAUUAACUUACAAACAAGAAACAAAAGAAGAAAAAGAAGUUGAGGUUACUGCAAAGAUAGAGUCAGUGGAGGCAACAAAAAUUGAGAAAAAGGAAUCCAAUGUCAAAGAAGGGCCUUCCAAACCUUUACCACCCAAAAAGACUAGUCCAGUUGCAGUCAAUGCAAAAAAGGAGGUUUUAAAAGUUUUUGCUAUUGUAGCUGUCUUAACAUUUUUCAUUCUUAUUUUUUUCUCAUUUUUUCAUGUUGUAGGAGAGAAGUAAGUGUUUGCAACUUAGUGUUUUUUACAUAAGGGUUUUAGCUUGAUUUUAUUAAACAUUUUCAUUAUAAGGUCAUACAACAAGCAGCUUAGGGAGGCAUUGACUUGAGUGAGUGUUUGCAGAUUAUCUCCAAAUGGGAAUAUGAAAUCUGUCUUUGUUUUUAAUCAAAUGAGGAUAAAUGCCAAAAUCCAAAGAAAUGCUUAAGUUUACUUUUAAGCCUGAAGGGGUUUAUUAUGAAGUGCACAUUUAACAAUUUUACUGAUUGCCAUAUAUAUUGAAGAUUCUGCAUAGAGAAAGAGUUAGUCUUAAAUGCACCUCUUCUGCAUUGCAUUGGGAAGCUCACAGGAUGUUCUCCUGCUUGGAUGUAGCCAUAAGGUGGUGCGUCAGUUCUAUAAAUCCAUAUUUUCUCAUUUACAAUUAGAUUUCCUGAAAUCUUCAAAUAGCAACACUACCACUCUUAAUAUCAAAUCAGUAAUUCUCCUUUCUAGGUGUUACACAUUCUUAUGUGGACUACUGGAGAAAAUCGAACAGUUAAGGUCAUCUGAUCUCAUCAACUGUUUGUUGCAAUGCAUAGUGUAUUAAAUUUAAUGCUCAAAGGAGAAGUUGUAGGGUUAGAGAGCCUUUUGCCUCUCCAUUCGCCCCACACCAUAUACGAUUUACAAGUUGUUUUUGGCUCAAACAAUUUCUUAAACCAGCUAAACUGUAAAAAAGAUGGAAUGUUCUCAAAGUCUUGUGUGUAUUUUAAUCUCAAACAAGUUCAGAUUUUUGUGGCAAAUGUAGGUGGGAGGAUUCAUUUUCAUCUUUGAAAGUUUUAUAAUCAAGACAGUCGCUCAAAGACUUAUGCUUCAGAAGAGUUUGAACUAACCAGAGGUGUAAACAUUUCAGGAAAAGUCCUAAGUUUGAUUAAUUGGAAGUAUUUCUUUUUCAUGUCAAUGCAUCAGGUGAUAAUAAUUCUUUUAUCUCUUUCAUACAUGUUUGUUAUGGAUACAUGAUAUCUGGGAAGUGCUUGCCAGUUUAAACAGGCACCUGUACUCACAGCUUUGUAGAUUUUUAAGUGAUAGUUGAAAUUAAAAAUUGUAGGAUUCA